AUGCUUUCAACUCUUCUCCAUUGGUUCGCCUACUCGUAUGUGCCGUCUAGGGGCUCAUCAGAAGCAAGAACUUCUACCUUGUCAACUAGCUCAAGAUUUGAAGGUAAUUCGGAGUUCGCUAACAUUCACUCACCUGGAAUACUUCCACCUAUCGGCUCAGAAUUCCAUUACGCCCAGUUAACUCACUGCUUUCGCGGAUUCGCUAAGCAACUGAAAGAAAAAAAAGAAAUGCUCAAAGGUGGUUCUGAGCUUGAAUCUUCAUAUCCUUCAGUCACUCCAGGUGAGAAAGCUAGAGCGUACCGCUAUUUUAAUAAUAAGGAAAAGUUUAUGGAUGAAGUAAUCGGAGUGACAAAUGGUUACGGUUGCAGAAACCGGAGAAAGUCGAGAACCGUCGGUUACCUUUUGAAUCAAAGUAGCGACAAGCCGAGUACUACGACUACAGGGGGGAAGCUUUGCUUCGUAGACAGCUUCGCUUCCUCGUCGCUUCUUUCUGGCGACUAG